CAGCUCCCGGUAGGCGGCGCGCAUGCGCUCUGCACGGGGAGGGAGCGCAGGUUGGAGUGCAAGGGCGGUAACCCCUCGGCUCUUGGAUUUCCGGGGGGGGUCAAAGGGCAUGAACCAGUGCACCCCAGACAUCGAGCAGUCUGAAGAGCAAGAUGUUUUCCAUCCAGCUGUCAAAUUCGUACCUAUCUCGAUGCUGAAACAGAAUGGGCUGUUGCAGGCUCUGGCAGAAGAAGCCAGUGGACUUACAGAAGCUGACCCUAGCGAAGAGGUGCUGCGGGCCCAGGAAGAAUGGGAGGCUUUGGAAGCUAUCCAGUCAGGGACGGUGGACAAUUCAGCAAGUCCUGUCACCCUGAUCUCCUUCAACGAAGCGCUGCAGUACUUCCAGACGGCCGACCUCACUGAGUGCCGGAAAAGAAUCCAGCCAACACUGCAAAGGCGAGGGCUGUCUGCUGUGGUCCACUUCUUCUUUGGCCCACCACGCCUCCAUCAGCAGCUGCAAGCUGAGCGGGACUUGGCUUUUGCAAUUGCCCAGUGUGGCUUGGAUAAUAAUGAGAAGGUGCAUAUGAGGAUCCUGCAAACUAUCUACAAGAAGCUGACAGGCUCCAGAUUUGGUUGUCCACGCUAUGGAGCCCACUGGGAGGAGCUCGGCUUUCAGGGUCUGGAUCCUGGGACAGACCUGCGUGGGACAGGCAUGCUCAGCUUGAUGCAAGUCUUGUACUUUGUAAUGGACCCUCAGACAUUCUUGCUUGCUCAAGACAUUUUCAAGCUGUCUCAACACAGUAUGCAGAAUUUCCCAUUCUGUGUCAUGUCUGUGAAUAUCACUCGCAUUGUGAUCCAGGUCCUGAGGGAAGAGCGUCUGUCCAGGGAGUGCAACCGUAGGCAUCAGGUCAUCGCUGUGCUGAACGAUUUAUAUGUGGCCAUGUUCCUGCACCUCUACUACACCUGGAAAACCCAGCACAAAACCAUUUCUGACUCUGGCUUUGUCCUAAAAGAACUGGAGGCAUUUGCCAAAAAGAAGCCAAGGCAGCUCCUGAAGUAUUUGGAAGCCUACAUGAGCGGAAACACUGAGUCAAUAAUGGAAGAUGGUUUCCAGCACUUUUCCGCUUCCUCCAGCACACACAGACUCACCCAUUACUCUGCUGGCAGCAGCAACAAAGAACUAAAUUUCACUGGUGUGUGCGACCUGCAUGUUGAGAUGGAAGGAGAAGCCCGGCUGAUCUGAAAGCAAGGAGUCUCUGAUAACUGGGAAGGUCUUAGUAAGGCACUGGUAGACAUGCCUGUCAGCCUGCUUUGUCAGAGGCCAGUAAGCCAGCCAGUCUGCUUAUAGGAGCCUCUGAAGGGCUGUGGCAUAAGAGGUGGGUCUAGAAUAAACCCAGAGCAGUGCUUCUCGCAGAGUCAGAGCGGCAAGAUCAAAUGUAGUGAAGUUGGUAGAGCAAAACCUUGGGGCACCUGCUUUACUGUAAACACAGCGAAGGGGGGGAACAAAUGGCUCUGACAGCGACAGGCUUUGGCCCUAUCUCUACUGAAGUGUGGGUUGAAUGGGAAGGCCUUACGCAUGCUGAAAAUAAGCAGCUUGCCCCAAGACCCAAGGGCUUUGGUUUGUUAAGAGUCAUUUACUGCCAAGCCCUGAGGGAGAUGAGUCCUGUUAUGCUAAAGUAGAUGGUAAACUGGUGAAAAGUUUGGGUUUAUUCCAGUCAUUGAAAUUCGCAGGGCCAGGUUCUCCACAUGGAGACACGUGCUAAGGAGUUGACUCCUUGCUUGUGUAGCAUUAACCACUAGCUGUGGGCUGGAAUUGGGGUCCAUCUUGUUAUCCUAGAUAUGCCUGUGGUCCCCAUUACCAGAGCAACUAAGUACCUCACCGUCUUGGAGGUGGCUAUACCUUCAACCCCAUUGUCAGUAGGACAAUGCUAAUAUUUCCAUUUGAAAGGUGGGGAACAGGUCUCACAGAGCUGAAGUGACUUGUUCUGGAUCAUGCAGGAGGUCUGUGGCAAGGCAUUGAACCCAUGUCCUUAGUUCAAGUCUAGUGUCUGAACCACUAGACUGUAGGAUCUGUAUUGUACAUCACAGUGAUAGGUUCUCCUUUUACAGCAUGCAGCUAAAUGUGAUAGUUGAAAAAUUCAGGGUGCCUGGGCUUUUUGCUAGGGGUACUGCCAUUCAUAAACCCCCUCUUCUCAUUCAGUGCCUCCCUACAGGUUUCUUUAGCCAGAGCCUUCAUAAAGUUUAAAGUGAUAGAGAAAUGCUGUUGAUACUCUACACAGGUAAAAGGCCCAUCUGCAGUACAGCCUCCAGGAGCAUUAAGAGAACAGCAUCACUCCUGGCUUAUAAAUGCAUCCAUCUCCAACUCUAGAGUGGGAAAGUAGGCCUGCACAGCUUGCUUAGGGCAGUUCACCAGUGUUCUGGAGGGGAGGAGUGAGAGACUGAGACACAGGCAUCAUCAUUAACACUAGGUAUCUGGCUGCAAGGGGUUUUCCCCUAUUGUCAUGCUCACAAAUCCUUGCAAUUUUCCAGUGAGUCUGAAUUUUUCCUGGCUGGUUCUGAGCUCAAAGGCAGCUGAGGUUUUUAUUGUAGGAGGCUUCAGCAAAUUCCUGUUCAAAUAUUGUUGAAUUAUUGAUGCAGAAGAGAGAAACUGGUAGCUUUCAGCUGUAAGCUUGUUCUCCUCCCAAAAAUCAGCGCCCCUGAUGUUGCUAGCUCUUGGUAUUUCUAUCACAGGCUAUGCAAUACUUGGCAUUUUACCUAAGCUGUUACUAGCCAUUAAGGAUGGGAUUUGGAUGUUCAACUCCUCUUGAGAAUUCUAUAUACAGUCUUAGGUGCCUUAGUACCUAUUAAGAAGUGGCCUCUAAUGACUUGCUUGAGGUCACACAGGAGUGGGUGGCUUUGAUUUAUUGGUGGUCUUAAAGUUCCCUGCGGGAGGAAGAAUUCUGAUGGCAGAAGGCUUUUUAGUUGAAAGAUCUAGUUUCAGGGAGGUGGAGUCUUACUCUGAAAAUAAGGUGCAGGGUCACAGCAGCAGGUUAAGUCUAGUGGAGAGGGUUAAAUGGAUAACAAAUAACCAGUGGAAUAGCUGCCCAGCGGAAUUGGUGAACCCAGAAUGUCUUUGUAAGAGUUGCAUGUACUACAGAUAGUAGUACAUGUAAGUACUGUAAGAGUACAGGGGCUGGGUGCAGGUAGCCAUAUGUACACAGGGAGCAAAGCAAAGCAGCUGUAGCUCAACCAUGAGCAGUUGGUGUUGAUGUACCCUUUGGCCUAGUAGAGAAAAUAUUCCAUCCACGGCAGGAAUUCCAGAGGAGGGGAGAUACUGCAUUCCUGUAUAGCCUUAAAGAUCAUGACAAGGGGGUGUGAGCAGCUUAGUUUAACGAAUGUGUUUUGCAGUACAUUUUAAAAGGGCAGACGCUUUCACCUACCCACCAGCAGGGCAUGUUUUCCUACAGAGAUGUAAGCUCUGGGUGGUAGGAGUUUGCUUUCACCUUCUGCUUGGUAGCAGUGAAGUAUGUGUCUGUGUGUUGGAGACAUGGUCCCCAGCUGGGGCUUUGUCCAGCAGGAGUCUUUUCCUUGUAACCGAGAGCGUUGCCCUUUGCUGUAUGUGCUGCAGUGACCCAUAAAUGUAGAAGGUAGCGGAGAGUGGGAACCUUGUACCACUACAUUGUAACCAUAUGCGUCUGUACCCCAGCUGCUGCCACACAGGCACUUUACAAUAAAACCUUGGAAUCUCA